UUUUCACCGCCGCUGAUUGUCUGUCCCAAUGCACCAACACCGCAUGCGCCUGUCUGGCCAGACUGCCCAGACAAGUUGGGAGCGAACCACCUCCUCCCGGUGAAGUUGGUUAUAACAAAAGAGUGGCUGCGCGUUGUUGGGCUUUCAGAAUCCAGCAAAGUGAUCGUGUUGUCUGUCGGCGUCUCCCCCUGCAUGGACUUUCAAUUCGUUCAUUCAUUGAUCUCUCUUUCGGAUUGGUGAAAAUCAGAGAUAACACCGUUGUAAUACCAUAUCGCACUAUUUUCAUAUCCGUUGGUGUGAGUGGUUUUGUCGUUGUGAUUAGCAGUUUCGUGGCCAGGCAUAAUGGAGUCUUUGGAGCCGGUUCAGGUGGAUCGCUCAAGCCGACCGACCGACAGCGUGAAAAAGACGGGCCGCGGCAGCCACAGGAAGAAAUUUGCAGCCUACCAAGCGAAAAUGCGAGCUGAAGAGGAACGGGCGAAGGCCGAGGAAGCAGCGCAGGAAGCGGAUACAGAUACCAAGGGUUCGUCCACCGCCGACAAUAGAAUGGUUGCGAGUGCCUCGAUCAGCAGCAGCAGCGACGCCAGCAGCAGCAGUGCCUGUGCAAACAGCAGCGGAAGUAGCGCCAGUAGCGACAGCAGUAACUCCGGCAGCAACUCUGGCAGCGAGGAGUCGACCAGCGAAUCGAGCACCACACCGGACGCGGACCAGCCCCAGCAAUCAUCAGCCGAGCCAAUUCCGUCGGCAAAAGCACCUGAACCAGACUCAGAGUGUGCGUCGGAGAAGGCAGGACCAUCCAAUGACAAACCGGCGGCGGGGACAACUGCUGAAUCCGACACUAAGCCGGCGGCGGCGGCGGCGAAGACUGCUGAAUCCGAGAGCAAACCGGCGGCUGCGGUAAACAUCGAUCAAUCGGACAGCGAGACGCCAGCUGCGGUAAAGACUGAUGAAUCGGACAGUAAGGCGCCUAGCAAAGCGCCGGCUGCGAAACCUGGCCAAUCCAACACCGAGGCACCGGCGGCAGCACCAGCGGCAGCAACGGCGGAGCCAGCGAAGAGUUCGACCGCGACGACGACGACGACGGCCAGUGCGACUGGUGACACGUCCGGCAAAACAGUGACCAGGGCUCCGGAGUCCUCUACCAAGAAACCGUCGGGCACGGAGCGUUCAGUCGCUUCGGCGUCGACGACUCCAACUGUGCCGAGCACUGCCGCUACAGCGCGCGCUGGGAGUGGCAAGCAACAACAGCAGAAAAGCGUUUCAAACCCAAAGCAGCAGCAAAAACACCACCAGCAGCAGCAGCAGAAGAAGAAGCAGGCUGCGUCGCGGCCCACGCUGGGGGCUGCUGCAGCGGCUGCAAAUCGUUCGUCGGACACCGAUGAUACGAGUGGUUAUCAGGGUAGCGUGGCUGGAAGCAGUAGGGCUGCAACUGACGUCGAGAGCGCAGCGGCGGGCAAACACCCGAAGCCACCCACAUUGACCAGCGUGCCACUAACCACCGACAACCUGAAAGCGUUUGAAGCGCAGCAGCAGGCCAGAGAGGACCGCCAGUGGUUCCAGUUCGGUUGCCAGGACUGCCAGGAGCUCUGGUGGCGAUUCUUGCCGCCUGGCCGCAGCAUCAGCCGCUGCAGGCGCUGCCGAGUGAGCUUCCAGGCGGUGCCGCACCAGAACACGAUCGGCUACGGGAAGUUCACGUGCAAGACCUGUGGCCACGUGUGGACCAAUCACCGCUCUAUGCCCAAGUACGACCAGCCGUGCCGGCGCUGUGGCUGCUGGAACUGGGUGGACAACCCACCGGGCGUGGGCCCGCGCAUGCGCCGCCUGCCCGGCGAGACCUACUGCAGUGAGCAGUCGGUAAGCCGCGGCGGCGGCGGUGGUGGUGGUCGCCAUGCCGCCGGCGCUGGAGGCAUCGGCAGCAACGCGGGUUGCCGUGGGCAGCACAGCGGGUACGGCGCUGCGCCGCAGGACCAGCACAACUGCCGCUGCUGCUUUCAGGGCUUCGACGAGUGCGCGCGCAUGCCCGUAUCGGGCCCAUGCGGCGCUGCGGCCACCGAGAGCACCGUUGUCACGGCGAGGGGCGAGGCGGGCGAGCCGACACGGCGCGUGAACGUCAACCCGGCCACCUUCAAAGACAACCAGGCGCAGGUGCGCAAGGCCAGGGCCGCCGCGGCGCCGUGACGACCGUUCGAACUUUGGGUCGUGGAAACGAACUCUUGAUCGGUCAACCCGGCCGGCCACCUUCAAGGUCAACCAGGCGCAGAUACGCAACGCCAAGGCGGCGCCAUGACAGUUUGAACGUUACCAUGCAAACGAACUCUUGCCUUGAUCGGUGUAAGUGUAACGAAGCGUAACGAGGCUAGUCCCGGAGUCCACGUCAACCCGGCUACCUCCAAGGACAACCAGGCAAGGCCGUGACGACCGCACAGUGUUUGAACGUUGCCAUGCAAACGAACUAUCGCCUUGAGCGGUGUGAGUGCAAUGACUAAGUGUAACGAUAGACACAUGACAGCAGUAAACUAAAUAUCACUAAAAUCGUUGUCUGCAGUAUUCCUCAGAUAUUUCGUAGGCGGCGUAAUAAUAAUUCUUCAAUGCCGUGUGAGAGAGAAGUUGAUUUUAUUUUUUCAUGCAGGCAGCCCGAAAUCCCCCUGGUAACCGAGCCUCGUACUUGUGCCUCACUGUAUAUACACGUGGAAAUAAUUGCAACUAGCCCCGAUAUAGAAAUAUCUGCUUUGACGAAGUUGCAAGCUGUGCUCAUGCCCUACUGCUGACUUGCGUCGUGCGAGAACAAUCAUACUAUCAGGUACCAGUAAUAUCACUUAAUAUGUGUACAACCAUGUAGAUCUACAUACAGAGAGCAACGUGUUAUCUACACACAUGAGUAUGCCACUUCUACUGUACCGGUACAACUUGCACGUCACCAA